CCGGAAGCGGCGGAGGGAGCGUCUCGGCGGCCGUCGCUCGUCGCCGUCGGGGCAGUGGGCGCCGCGGAGCCGGGAGCCGGGUUUUGUUUUGAUCUGAUUCCCUUGAGCGGUGGCUGCAGGUGCCAUGUCUGACGUGCUGGUGGGAUUGUGAGCCUGCAGCCGUUGCUGCAGUGGCUGAAGCGAUGCUGCGCGGGGUCCGCCUGCUGCUGCCCUGCAGUCCUGCCUAGCCCAUGGAGGUUGCCUUGGAGCAACAGUGCUGCUGCUGAACAGGCCCGAGAGCCAGCCAGGCCCCUGCGGUGAUUUGGAGGCAGAGCCCGACGCCCGUGAUGGUGGGAGCCAUUCCUCGGCAGCCGCGCCGCUUCUGGGGGGUGCCCGGAUGGCAGGUGUCUCCAGCUAGCUGUGCCAACGACCGUCUGCUGCUGGGGCAGGAGAGCUGCUCGGCGAGGGGUGGGUGAUGCGGCGCUGCAGUGCACUCCGUAGCGGAGGGCUUGUCCGGAGGGAAGGGGUCUGACACACCACCCCCUUUCUUCAGCCCCGUGACCUCGUGACACCGUACCCCCUUCCCUGCCGCUUUAUGGGCUGUUUCGUCUUUGGCUCUGGUUGGGGUCCAGCCCACUAAGGCUCCAUGCGGCACAUCCAUGCUGAGGCGUCCCUCCCCCAGGAGCAUGGCACGGACUCGGGCCUGUCCCGGCCAGGCGGCCAGGCGGCCUUGGAGCCCGCCCCAGAGCGCUGCCCCCGCCGCAGCAUCGUGAUGGGCUACAACAAGACAGAGAUCAAGCGCCAGAAGGUUUACCAGGUCUCCAUCUUCUCCCACCUCUCCAGCUCCUCUGAGCCGGCAGACCAGAGAGCCGGGGGUGGGCGACAGGCCAUCAAGAGAGGGUACCCAGAGCAGUGGGCUCCGGAGGCUGGGCGGGAUCCCAAGCGAGCCCACUGGGGGGGUACGGGGGCUGAGGCCAGGCAGGACGGGGUCCCUGGGGAGCUGCCCCCUGGCCAGGACUCCCCAGACGAUGACGCCUUGGAGGACGGGCUGCUGGUGGAGGAGCUGUCCCUUUGCGGCUCGGCCCAGCACUUCUCCCACAGCGGCCUACGAGUGGUGGAGCACCGAUGUGAAGGCAGCCCUGGCCGGGCAGGGGCCCGGGAGGGCAGCCCCAGGGCCUGCAGAGAGGACAGAUUGCGGGAGGCUGCCUCCUCCUGGCCACAGCACACAGCUUGCAGCACUUUGCACAUGAGAGACAGUCGCCCUGCCCAGCUUGGGGAUGGCCCCCUGGGGAGUCCCCGAGCCUGUGGCUCAGUGCGGGGCAGGGAGUUCCCCUGGCUGGCUGGAGCCAGGGAGCAGCCUGUGGAGGGGAACGGGGCCCAGAGGGAGGAAAGGGCUAGCAGCCAAAAUCUACUUGACAUUGAUUUGCACAAUAUUGCACAAAAAUCCUGGGCAGCCUCGGGUGGGAGGCGGGAGGAGCAGCCAGGGGGCAGCCCCGCCCACAGCAACGGGGCUGGUAGAGAAGGGGAGCCGCUGACUGGGCACAAGGAGCCCAGCACCCCACGGGUGGCCCCGGACCCCGAGAGCAACGGCCUGGGCUCCUUGGAGAAAACGCCCUGUGUGGGCAGCAGGCUCCCCGGGGCUGGCGGGGGCAGCUGCGCGGCUAAGAGGAAGCUGCUGCCCUCGGGCGAAGGCGUGGCAGACUCGUGUUCGGAAGACGAGAGCGUGGUGCCGGCGAGGAAGAAGAGGGUCCCGCUGUGCCACCCCAUCCUGACUGCCUGCCGCAGCACCGACGCCAAGGGCGCCCCCUUCUGGAACCACCUGCUUCCAGGAGCCAAGAGCUCAGCAGGUGGCACGGCGGUGGGGCGACGGCUAAAGCGUGGGCUGCGCCUGAAAUCGAGACAUCUCCGCAGCAGUCUCCGGAAGGGGCCUGUGGGCACCCGGCCCUCUGCAGCUUCCUGGGCCACCACCUCCAUCAGCCAUGCUCUGCUGGGGAACUUUGAGGAGUCCAUCCUGAAGGGGCGCUUCGCCCCGUCGGGCAGGAUUGAAGGGUUCACCGCGGAGAUUGGGGCCAGCGGCUCCUACUGCCCCCAACACGCCACCUUACCCGUCGACGUGACCUAUUUCGACAUCUCGGAACACAGCGCACCCUCGCCUUUCCUGGGAGUGAUAGACUUGGAAGCCUUGGGAAAGAAGGGGUACAGCGUCCCCAAAGCUGGAACCAUCCAAGUGACCUUAUUUAACCCUAACAAAACUGUGGUGAAGAUGUUCCUGGUGACGUACGACUUCCAGGACAUGCCAGCCAACCACAUGACCUUUCUGCGUCACCGCAUCUUCCUGGUGCCCGUGGGGGAGGAGGGGCCUGGCGAGACACCCAGCGACCCAGCCUGCGCCAGCCCGCCCAGGAGGGUCCUCUGCUACCUGAUGCACCUGAGGUUUCACAGCUCCAAGUCGGGCAAGAUCUACCUUCACGACGACAUCCGGCUGCUCUUCUCCCGCAAGUCGAUCGAGGUCGACUCGGGGAUCCCCUACGAACUGAAAUCCUUCACGGAGAUGCCAAGGAACCCCUGCUACUCACCCCGGGCCUGAGCGCGGGGAGCCCCACGCCCCCCUCUCCACCCUCACCCCUGCACUUCGUAGACAAGUAAAGGGCAAGAGAGCGGAGCCGUCUCCUCCCCCAGAGGUGGGGUGGUGAGGCACAGACACACCCCUCCCUUGACAGCAGCUUCGCACCUGUGCCAGAGUGAGCACGAGGCGGGGGGGGGGGGGGGGGAUGGGAUCAUGGAGAUGGCUGCAUGGCGUGAGCAGGAGCUGGUGCGCUGGCUCCUGUGCCCCCAGCGGGUCAGAGACGCCCCUAGGCCUCUGACAGCACAGCUCCAAGCUGUGCCCUUCAAGGGAGGCUCGGGGGCAGGCGGGGCUCGGACUGGGCGGAGCUGAGCUGGCUCCCAGGCUGUGGGGAGGGAUGGAGCAGAUGUCCGCUCUCAGAGGGGGAGGUACUGUAUUUAUUUGUAUUUAUUGUUGGUGGGGAGCCAGGAUGGAGGGUCCACGGUGUGGCUCGUAACCCAGCCUUGAUCACAAGUGCAGCGAGUCCGACGGGCUCUGCUCGUGGUGCCCUGUGCAUGUCGCACGCCCAGCUGCACAGCCCAGCACGACAGCAGGAGCUGAGCAAGAGACACGCAGGACUGGAAUAGCAGGGGAGACUGAGUCAGGAUUGAGGGGUAUCAACAGAACUGGUUGGUAGGACUGGGGCUGUGGGUUGGGAUUGAGGGGCACUGGCAGGCCGGUGGGGAGCCCAGGGCUGCAGGUAGGGAGUGAGAGGCACUGGCAGAGCUGGGGGGGUGGGGGCGAGCCCAGGGCUGGGCUAGCAGGGGGCUGCGGGUCGGGAGUGAGGGGCACUGGCAGGGCUGGAUGUGCAGGGCCUGUGGGCUGAGACUGAGGGGUGUUGGGAGAGCUGGGGGGGGGAAGGGGCUCUUCUCUUGCCCUCACUAGCCUUAGUGCUCUCUACAGAAGCCCUAACUCCACCUGAGGGAACCGGAGGGCUGGCAAGCGCCCCUGCGCAUGGCCCGGAGGAAAGGCCUCGUGUGGCCUGCUGGGCCCUGUCUCCCCAGGGAUUGGGCCCUUGUUCAGGCAGUUGGGGGAGCCUCUGUUCCUGCUCCCCCUCCCCCUGGGGGCAAGUCCAGCCCCUGGGGUGUCCCUGGAUAGCAGGGAAGUAGUUGCUGGCUGCAGCCCUGGGGGGCAAGGGGUCUGUACUGGGGCCUCUCCCUGGCCACCCCUGCUGUUCAACGUCCAUGUGAGCUGGGCUGAGCUGUGUCUGUUGUCAUGGCUAUUGCUACAGGAGACUUCUCAAAGGAAGCCCAAGCCCCUGUGAGGGGGAGGGGGCUCUCUCCUCCCCUGUCCCUCCCAGAGCAGGGCUGUGGGGCACCCCGGUUUUCGGAGUGUCUGCUGCAGAUUGGCGUGGCAGUGGUCCGAAGCCCGGGGCCCUCACUAACCAGGCUGCGUUGGGGCGGGGUUCUGGGGUAAUACUGGCCCAUGGAUCCCCCUGCCCCGCUGGAGCUGGUGGGAGGUGUGGCUGUCUCUGAGGACGCAGGAAAGUCAAACCCUCCAGCUGCAGCAGAGAGCUCCUGUGCUCAGCCUGGCCCCCAGGCGCUGGGCACGGGCUGAGUGAGGCCAAGUGGGGCCUUGCCAGUGAGAAGGGGAAGCCAGAGGGUGCACGUGGUCACUCGCUGGCCGCACGUCUGGUAUGCAUGGAGGGGGAUCCUAGGGGCUGGGCUGACCCCGUAGCUCCCUGCCUGAGAGCAGAGACAGUGCUGGCCUCCCAAGGCCCCACGUGGCUGUAAUUACCCCAUCUCCCGCCAUGGGAGAUGGUCCUUCCCCUCUGUCAGUCCCUGCCUGGGCUCCUCUCUCCUGCCUGGAGAGGGUUGAGUGAGCUCUGCCGGAGUCACCGCAGCCCGGCUGACCCUUCCAGACCCAGGGGCUGAGCCCUCCAGGGGGAAUUCUUGCAUGUCCCUCAGCCGUGAGUCACCUGAGCUCCCCUGGCUGGGAAUGAGCCCCUGCCUGCCUUGCUUGGGGCUCAGGGCAGGUGACUGGAAGUGGCUGCACUGCGGGAUUGGAUGGCAGGAGGAGACGGGUAGGGGGCAAUGGCUCCAGCCCUGUGACCUAGCAAACUUGGGGAGAAAAGAAUGGGCGGGGGGGCGAGCACAGGGCUCAAUGUUUGGGGCAGUCACAGGGAUGGGAUUUAGGGUCGCUUGGAGCAAUAUCUCCCCAGCCUGGAAGAACCCUGCAGAGAAUGUUAUGGAGCCUGUCCUGGCCCCAGAUGUGAGGGAAGUGGGGGUGGGGAGGAGGUGGCCAGAGAAAUGGGGAGACCUUGGCGCUCUCCCUUGCCCAGGAGUCUGGCCUGAGAUCUUGGGGGUAUAAAUCCGGCCCUCCCUGCGACCCAGGGUGGUGGGGAGUUAAACUGGGACCCCUAAGGCUGGAGUGGAAAGACCUGCACAUACCUCCCCCAGAUGAACUGUCGCAUGCCAGGCCCCGGGGCUGAGGGGAAAAUCCUGCAGAGCACAGUUCCUCCUUCCCUAGUGCGGAUCCAGGGUGGCAGGAGUGAGGACUACAGUUCCCAGCAGGCCAUGCACCAUCUCCAGCUGAGCAACUCUUCCCACAGCUGGUGGGGAGGGACACUAUGUUAAAUGUAACUUUUAGCAGCAGGCCUUUGUGCAGAGCCUGUGUCGCAGCCCAGCCGGGGCACUGGGGGGCCGGAGCGAUCUCUCCGUUUCAAAGGAGGCUGUCAGGCCCCUGAGGGAGCGAGUGACUCCAGCCCCGCUACCUCAGGUUAGAGCUGCUGCUUCCUACAUUUCAUGGGGAGGCUCGGUCGUCCCCUCCCCCGGGGCCCCUAUAGCUGCUGGGGUGGGCACGGUCCCUCAGCGCUGUUGUUCACACAAUCUUGCGUCCUGCUCCAGAAAUGAGUUGGGGGAACAAACACUCACAAAAACUUGAAAAAAAAGAGAAGAAGAAAUCUAGUACCUGGUACUUCUCCUUUGUAAUUUAAUAAAUGUUUGUUUGGAAAUGGAA